AUGAAUUCCAUAGGACAUCUGUUGAACGAUAGCAUAACCACCAGGAAGGCUACUGAAUGGAGGACCCAUGAGUCCAAUUUCUAUCCGAGUCCAGAUGGGAAGAUCACACCCGGUUGCAUCAAUAUAUCACCCGCCUUGUUUCAGCAAGGCAGAGAGAAACAUGGUUUCCCAAAACUUGAUCCGGAAGAUGGCUUCUCACCUCAGGUAUCCGCUGCAUUGAAAGGUGAUGUUGGUCGCAAUAUCACAACCUCCCUUCAAAGAUCCGGUAUCCUUGUCUCUGCUGCACUUCGGGUCAUGCACCCAGAUCUAUAUUGGGCUGGAAUCAAAACUCAAGUCCGGCUCGGUGAAUGGGCGACCCAGUAUCACUUAGAAGACAUGUGCCAUCAUCUCAAACAUUGGGCAUCCGUCUUCAAUGUAGUGUCAGUCAUUUGCAAUCGCUGGUCACCACCUCAUAGAGAUCCAAAAUGUCGACCGGAGGCAUUUGAUAUUAUGACAACCGCAGGCGUUUAUCAUCUGGUCAUAAUGGAUUUCAUGAAUCUCGGCAUCAAGUUUCUAUAUGACUCUGGGUCAAUGUUGGCCUCAUCAUGUCGCCUUGUCAGACAUCACAUGCAUGUUGAACAGGGUAGCUGGAUUGUCACUGCGUGA